AUGGACAGUAUUGAGUUCAGUGGUUUGAAGUGGUCUCAGAGACAUUGGAGCACGGUUUUCAAUAUGUCAGACCAUGAAGAAAUAAAUGAGGAUACCAAAUCUGUAGCUUCUGGCGAUGUUAGGAGCGAGAAUGGCGUUGAAAAAGAUAUUAAGGAUGAGGAGAAUGUGACUGCAUCACCUGAAUCGGAUGAAGAUAAAGCCGAUAUAAAUAACGAUAAGCAAGCUGAAGUCAAUGCUGAUAAUAGUGAACAUUCUAAUGAGGAACCAUCAGAAAAGGAACCUGAAGCGAUUCCGGCGGAGACUGGUAAUGAAAGCUUGGAUGAGGGGAAUCAUUCCAUAAACCCCGAAGAAGCAACUUCAAAUGAGCCAGCUGACGCUUCUGAGAGUGUAGAAGCAAGCAGUAAAGCUGAAGAACAUGAGGAAUUUCAUGAUACACAGGGAUCUGAAACUGUCCAAGUUAAAGACGAGACUGAGGAGGAUGAGGAUAAGGAUAGUGUAUCAGAUGCCAGUCUUCUGAAGAAUAAGCAGGAUGAUCUGGAACAGAAGAUUGAAUCAUUUAGUGAGAAGCCAGAGCCACCAAAACUUCCUCCUAGAACCCAUAUUGCAUCGGGAUCUGUUUCGCCUCCACAGUUACCUCCUAGAUCACACGUAGCGAAUUCCAUGUCGGGGCCAAUUCACACUGUCCCACCUCCAUUGACUGAAGAGAUGAAAUCCCCAGAAUUCCGUACGCAUUUUAACAAGCACAAACGUUCAGAUAGCAGUGACUUUGACUUAAUUUUGAACCGUUUCAUUCAGAAUGAAACCGAAUUAGAAUUGAGGGACGAGAAGGAGCGUGAAAAUGCUAAAAAGGGUACCGAAACGUUAAUAGAAGAAUACGAUGAACUGGUUGACCAUACAGAGAAAGAGUUGGUCGAUAUCGAUUGGCCAUUCUGGAGCAAGUUGGUGCAUAGUUUCAGCGAAGUAGUGAAAGAGGACUCUAAAAAAUUAGAAUCUGAAGUUGGGAAGGGUAUUCCACCUCAGAUUCGUGGUAUUGUAUGGCAACUAUUAACAAGCUCUAAUUACAAGGAAAUGGAAGAGUUCUAUAAUUCACUACUAGCUAUUGAAUCCCCACACGAGAAAGGUAUCAGAAGAGAUUUGUCCAGAACGAACUUUAUCCCAGAAGGAAAGAGCGAUUCUUUAUUCAACGUGUUGAAAGCUUACUCAUUAUACGACCCUCCUGUGGGAUACACUCAAGGCAUGGCUUUUAUCGCUACAACUUUAAUUUUGAACUGUGACGAGGAAUGGCAGGCUUUCUCUUUGUUGACGAAACUUAUGAAGGUGUAUGGAUUCAGAUCGUUAUUCUUGCCUGGAAUGCCAGGUCUAAUGUUAAAAUUGUAUCAAUUUGAUACACUCUUAGAAGAGCAUGAUCCACAAUUGUACAAUCAUUUGUUAAGACAAGGAAUAAGAUCUACUAUGUUUGCAACCCAAUGGUUCCUAACUAUGUUCGCAUACAAGUUCCCUCUAGAUUUUGUUCUCAGAAUCAUGGAUAUCGUUAUACUUGAGGGUAUCGAGUCUAUUUUAAAGUUCAGUUUGAAUUUGAUGAUUAAGAACAGUCGUAAUAUGAUUGUUUUGACAUUUGACUCGCUUUUAGACUUCUUGAAGGAAGACUUGUUCCAAUAUUAUGCUUCUGAAGAGAACCCAGAAGGUUACGAUAUUGACAAGUUCAUCUCGGACUCGUUGGAAAUCAAAAUCACACCGCUACAAUUGGAAAGAUAUUGUAAAGAAUUUGAAGAAAUUCACAAGCUGGAAACAGAGAAGGAGCAAAGGUAUGAGGAACAAAGAAUCAAGAACCGUGAAUUGCAAAAGGAAUUGAAAAGACUCGAGCAUGAUUACGCACUUGUGAAUAAAGAACACGUUGCUAUUGCUAACGAACUAAUUGAAAACAGACUACGGAUGGAAACAUUGCAAGACGAGAACCGGGAUUUGCAACAAGAGAUUCAAGACCUCCAAAAGCAACUUGAACGUGAAAUCUACAAGCAAACACUUCCUAAUCCUGAUGCAGAAAUUCCAACGGACUUAAAGGAGGAUUUGAACAAGACCAUGGAAAGAAACCUGCAAGUUAUGACAGAAAACCAGGAACUCAGAGAACGUCUGGACCAAUUGGAAAAGGAGAACUAUGAAUUACGUACGGGAAAAACCUGGACUAAAGAAGCAACUAGUCCAAGAGGAAGCCGUCUGGGAUCCUGGGCAUUCAAGACACCAUGGAAAUGA